CUACACGCCGUCCAAGCCUCUCGUCCUGCACCGGUCCCUAUUCCCUUCUACCUCCUUCAUAAUGGCUUCCCGGCGACUGGCUUUACACUUUAACCAGGCUCUGCGUAGCCGCGCAGCCUUGAAUGCCGUUCAACCUGUGAAGCGAGGCUUCGCAACCCCCGUUACCGUUCCCACCACCACCCAAUCGACAACCCUCUCAAAUGGCUUAACGAUUGCGACUGAGUACUCGCCGUGGGCCCAGACAUCGACGGUUGGCGUGUGGAUUGAUGCGGGAAGCCGGGCAGAAACCAAUGCGACGAAUGGAACCGCACACUUCCUCGAGCAUCUUGCGUUCAAGGGAACCAACAAGCGAUCGCAACAUCAAUUGGAACUUGAAAUUGAGAACAUGGGUGCACACCUCAAUGCCUAUACCUCGCGAGAAAAUACUGUCUACUACGCUAAAUCUUUUAACGCCGAUGUUCCCAAGGCCGUCGAUAUCCUAUCGGAUAUUCUCCAAAACUCAAAACUAGAGACUGCCGCUAUUGAAAGGGAACGGGAUGUCAUUCUUCGGGAGCAAGAGGAGGUUGAUAAACAACUCGAAGAGGUUGUAUUUGACCAUUUGCAUGCGACCGCUUUCCAGAAUCAGCCACUUGGACGGACCAUCCUUGGGCCCAAGGAAAACAUUAAAAGCAUCAACCGUGAUAAUUUGGUGGAUUAUAUCAAGACAAAUUACACAGCUGACCGCAUGGUCCUUGUUGGUGCUGGCGGGAUUCCCCACGAUCAACUUGUAAAACUGGCGGAACAGCAGUUUGGCUCUCUCCCUAGCCAGCCUCCUAGCUCUGCUGCUUCCGCCGUCGCCGCUGAGCAGAAGCGCACACCCGACUUCAUCGGUUCCGAAGUUCGCCUCCGUGAUGACACUAUCCCUACUGCAAACAUUGCUCUGGCUGUCGAGGGAGUCAGUUGGAAGGACGACGACUAUUUCACCGCUCUGAUCACCCAAGCCAUUGUUGGUAAUUGGGACCGUGCUAUGGGUAACUCCCCUUUCCUUGGCAGCAAACUGAGCCACUUCGUCGGCCACCACAACUUGGCCAACAGCUUCAUGAGCUUCUCCACCAGCUACAGUGACACUGGUCUGUGGGGUAUCUACCUCGUCUCUGAGAAUCUCACCCAACUCGACGAUCUUGUCCACUUCACUCUCCGCGAAUGGUCUCGCUUGUCAUUUAGCGUGACCGAAGCUGAAGUAGAGCGUGCGAAGGCCCAAUUGAGAGCUUCUGUCUUGCUGUCUCUUGACGGCACCACUGCCAUCGCCGAAGACAUCGGACGACAAAUCGUCACCAGCGGUCGCCGCCUAAGCCCGGAGGAUGUGGAGCGUGUGAUCUCCGGAAUCACUGAGAAGGAUGUCAUGAGCUUCGCCCAGCGGAAACUGUGGGAUAAAGAUAUUGCCAUCAGUGCUGUGGGCAGCAUUGAGGGUAUGCUCGACUACCAACGCAUCAGGGCAGAUAUGAGCCGGAACUUUUCAUAGAUGUAAAAACAAACGAUUCAAGAAAGUACGAAUGAUAGAUAGGAAGACCCCAAAACAAAAGGUCUUCCCACAAUUCCAGGGUUCUAAUACACCUCUGUUCUAUACUAAUACCGUCGCUAUCUAGAUGUUGUUUAUUAUUAUUUUUUUCCCUGACUUUUGUACCUUCUUUCUGCUCUGUGUUUGGUGAUUUCUAGAUAAGCAUGGGGGUUGAGAAGGGGAAGGGGGCCAAGACAUGUUGCGUUUUCAUUGUAUAGUAUGGACAUUUAUAUCCGCCGAUAUACUCAAAAGACCUGUUUCCUUUGUUC